AUGAUUGAGGCUGUUGAUAGGAUAUUAGUAGUUGAUACUCCUAUUGUGAGUGACACCUCUAUACAAAAAGAGAAUCUUAUAAGCAUAUUUCCUUCCUCUGGAUCUAGUUUGAACCAACAUGGAGAAAUCAAUUUUGUCAUAGAGACGUGUGAUCAAUACCUACACUUACACAAGUCUUAUAUUUAUAUGGAAUGUGAACUAUUGAAAUCAGAUGACACUGCAUUGGCUGAAACAGAUGAGGUCUCGUUGACUAAUAAUGCACCAAUGUUUUUGUUUGAUAGAUCAACUUAUAGCAUGGAUGGAAUGCAAGUUGAAAGUAUAAUGGAUCCUGGUAGAGCUAGUCUGAUGAAGGGGCUUUUAACAUAUAGUAGCACCAUGAAUAAGCAAAACACUUUUGGACAGUUGGAAUGUUAUAAUAUACCUAAUGGAAACAGAGAAUUCACAUGGAAAUUGGGAACAAAAUAUGACAAAAUAAAGUAUAUAGUGGUUGCUUUGCAGAGCAAUAGAGAUAACAAUUACCUGAAUGCAGAGCGAUAUCCUCAUGACUGUUUAAAGUUUGACUUUGACAAGUUUAAUGCUGUUCAGCAAUACAAUUUUGCUAAAGAGUUUAGAAACAGUUACUAUGAAUCAACAAAAGAUUACAUUUUCAUGGAAGAAGAUGUAUACUAUUACUAUUACCCAUUGUUGGUGUUCGAUGUAUCUAAACAAAAUGAUAGAAUUAUCCAAUCAAGACCUGACGUUACAAUAAAAGCAUCCUUUUCAAAGAGUAUUGUACAAAACACAAAAUGUUAUUGUUUGAUUAUGAGUGAAAAUAUUGUUGAAAUUAAAGAUAAUCGCGUUAAAGUUGUUAGUGUUUAG